GAGGUGGUGUGGCACUCUGCGGGACCUCUCUCUCUCUCUCUCUGCUUUGAUGGAGUGGUUACAUAACAUAACUCGCCUUCCAGCUGGAUAAACCAACUCUAAUACAAAGAUCUGACUGAGCUCUCGUUCACGUGCGUGUUUGGUGCCCUUUCUCUCUCUCUCUCUCUCUCUCUCUCUCUGUCUCUCCCCCCACGCCCCUGUCUUUCACCCCAGUCCUCCUAUAGGUUCGGUACAAAGGUAACAGAAAGACCGUGGGCUUUAUAAACAUCCACUUUGUUCACUCCGCCUCGCUGUUCGUUCCAUUUCUUCGGUUUUUCUUAUUUUCCUCAACACGCACCGAAAUGCCCAGCAAGAGGAAGAAGAACAAGCGUCGCAUGAGAAGGGUGUCUUACUUGAAGCCCAGUCACCCACCCCUGCAAGCCCAGAGGCGAGCGCUUGAAGAGCAGCAUGCAGCCAAUCCACCAGUCAAAGCUAGUCGGGGAAUUGCAGUGAGUGCACCCCCCGCAGGAACCACAAAGAAAGCAGCUAAAGCUCCAGCUCCAGAAAAGAUCUCACAGCCCAUUCUUGUUGCUGUCCCUAUUGUGGAAACCCCAAAAUUAGAACCAAUAGCAGAACCUGUUGUGGAGCCCAUCCCAGUUGAGGUACAGGCACCAGAGGCUGUGCUGUUGGAGCGGAUUCCAGCAGAAGUUGAGAUUGAAGUCCCAGCACCUGUCACUGAAGAAGCACCAGUUGUGGAGACUCCAUCGGUGGAGCCCUCUACAGUUGAAGCUGCUAUAGUGCAGGAGCCUGAACCCGAGAUUCCUGAAACAGAACCAGCAACUGAGGUCAUACCCCCAUCUGAAGCUCCAGUGGUGGCUCCUUCUGAGACUGAGAUUCACACAGUUGAUUCUGCAGUCAUAAAAACCGAGACUCAACAAACGGAGGAUGUCUACGAGGCACAGGACGAAGUGGACGCUGCGGCCCUGGCAGAGAGAGACACUGCGACCGAGGCCGCAGUGGAGGUGGCUGUCACAGAAGAUAUCGCUGCACCAAAACCCGUAACGGAAGCCUCUGAAAAAACAGCGGUAGAAGCGCUUGGCAGUGACCGAGUUUCUGCUGAAGCAGAAGCCGCUCCAGACAAGGUGGUUACAGAGACUGCUGCUGAAUCAGUGGUGGAGGUUAUCACAGACGUACCUGAGCAUGGGCGACUGACUGAAGCGGCUGUCGGUCCUGCAGCCCCAGCUGCUGAAGAAGAUGGUAAAGAGCUGCCGGCUGAGGAGGAUGCACCUGCUGAGACUGCUGUAAAAACAGAGCACGCGCCUGCUGAGUCUGUGGAGAUGCCAGCAGUGCCCGACACCAAUCCCGAGGCUCCAGUACAAGAGGCUGAAGCCAACGAGGGCACUGUUGCUGCGCUGCUUGCUGCCUCGCCACUCGAUGAGUUUGUCGUCACAGCAUCUGUCUCAGCAGUGGAGGUCGCCACUGAGUCUGCUGCUGUCCAGCAGGAAAUUUUGCCCACGAGUGACAUCUCGAGCACACAAACAGGCUCCAUGGAUGUGGCAACUUCUGGAGCUGAACCUAGUGCUGCACCUGCAAAGGAAAUGGUCAUUGAUCCUGCUGAGCCAACACGUCUGGAUGGGCCGUCAGAAGAGUCGAAGUCGGACACCUGUGACCUGCAGUGUCAGAUGCAGAUCUCUGUGGACUCUGUGCAGCUCAACUCAGUGGAGAUGCCAGUGGAGACGGCACUGAACGCACACAUUGUUCCAGAGGUCUCCAUUGAGGGCUAGAGCCUCAUCGCGCAGCUCAGAAGAUCUUUUUUUUUUGUUUUAAUUUUGUCCCCGUUUUGUCUUUUGGAGGACUCAAAAAUUUGCAGGGAGGCAACCAGCUGACCUUUUCAUUUUUUAAGGAUUAGGAUCGAACUGCCAGGAAAUCAAAGAGACAUCCACACUUUGAAGUGCCUUUUCCUGCCCUGCUUUCUGUUAAAACAUCAAACCAGAUGUCAACGUGCAAAAACUUCUGCGUUCAAGGCAGCAGAAUAAAACACAUUGUGACUCCUUUUAUUCAACUUUUACCCCCAAAACCACGUACGCUGAUUCUGUUUUAGCGGUGAAAGUAGAAGUGCUGAAGAGACGGGGUCUGAUUUUUGUUAGCAUGUUCCCGUCUCUUUAGAACAUCUGCCUCCACACAUGCAUGUGAAUACUGUAGCAUUGAUGAAUGUGCCUGCAGUUUGUACUUAGGCCCGUUAUCAUAAGGAAGAGACGACUUGAUGUGUUGGUUUUUUUUGUUACUUGUUUCAAAAUAACUGAUUUUGCUUACUUGUCUUUUUCACCAUGCAUUACAUAUACAAACUUCCACUUAGUGUCACUUUUCUCUGUCUUUGAAUUCUCGCUGUACCAAUGCUAAGGUUAGUUCGAUGCUAAAACUACACCCUGAAGCCAGAAUUUUAGGUUUUAUGGCCAUCGUACACUGGCAGAGUUUGAGGGAAUGAGGUCAGAGGUCAUUUCCUGUUUCUUUUUUUCCACUUCUUCCUUUUGUAAUUCAUGCGUGUAGACCACGUGAUGUGCUACAGUUUUGUGUUAAAGCCCGUGUUCCGGAGGGGAAAUAUGGUCGGGGUUGCUGUUGGGCUGUUGAUGGGCUUACCUGAACUUUGAAAUAAAGCUGUAACUCAUCGUGA